UGUUACAAUCUGCUGGAUGUCGUGAAGUCUCUUCUCUACCUCAUUGAAAAUCCGAAUUUUGAAUCGGCAAACAACUCGUUCGCAUACCUGGAAAACAGUGACCUGUUGGCAAGGAAGAUGAUGCGGGUGCUGGCAGGUUUGCCGGUGAAUGGACAGCGGUUUGCGCCGAACAAGGCAUGGUGCGAGUGGGCAGAGGCCCACGGAUGCCUUCCAAUUGGGGAGGAAGAGGAUGACGACGAUGAUGAUGCCAAGGGAACGAAUGAGAGCAGGGCGGAGGAUGGUUUUGUCAAUGCCGUGCAAGAAUCAGACAGUGAGCACGGCAGUAUCCCUAAUGACCUUGCCUCUGCCUACAAAAAAGAUGACAAUGAAGACUUUAAUGAUGGUGCAGCCGUGUUCGACGAAAAUGUACUGUCAUUUGCAAAUAUGCGAUGCUCCGUUGAUUCAGAGAACGAAUCACAAGUUUCUCAGCCCUUUGAACGCGAAUACACGCCCGGAUACAUCGAGACCCAGCGUAUUCUUAUUUGGCAUCCUAAAGAUAGACCCAAUGACAAUGCCCCAUCAGUGUUCUACUUCUGCGAGCUCGUUGGUAAUCACUUCUAUCAAGUGGAAUUUGAAGACCUCUACAGCAUGCUUUUGACAGGCGAUGUCUUGCACUCGAUGCAAAGUCAUCUCAAAUUGACACAAGCAUCAGGUCUAUGUCCGUGGUACAAUUUUUUUCAUCAUGAGCAUUAUUCCUAUCAGUCGAGCGCCACAUCCUUCUUCGAGCUUUCGUUUUUCUUUUCUAAAACAAUGUUAACGAGGCCCAUAUUGACCAACGACUUUUGUCCGUGGUCUCAUGUGGACGGAGGAGGUAUUUGGGGCAUCUUGGGUGGGCUGUUUUGUGAGCGACGACGACGACGACGAAAUUGGCCUGAGGGCACAUCCGUGGAAAACAGUGUCAAUGUUCCUGAAGACAUGCAGUCAUCGAGGUCUUCAGGAACAUACCAACGGGUAGACCGAGAUUCGAAUAAGUUGAGCGACAAUGGGUGUAUUGCACAUGACUACUUUGAGUGUGUGAAACAAAUCAAUACUAAAAUGCAGCCACGGUGGCAAUGGUUUUUCCGUCAGACACGUUGGCCUUUCCGAUUCGCUCCACAGCAGAAAGUCGAUGUGUCUGUGCAUGAGAAUCGGAUCCCGCCAUGGCGAGCAACUGUCGGGCGUCUGCUUUUGGAUGUCUGCAAUUUUUGUAAACGAAACCGCCAAAUGCAAAAUCUCAUUCUCCUCGAUCCCAUGGUAAUUGUUGUCGUUCUUUACGCUUUAUCACCGCUAUCACCGCUGCUCAAUCUGAUGCAACACGCCAUGGAACCAAACGCCCACCUGAUUGGUGUUCUGUGGAUGACCCCAGUUGAUGCUCUUUCUCCCUUUUACCACGUCCCUAUUCCUCGUGAUGAUGUUGAAGGUGAGGAAGAGGUGGAGCGCCCAUACCCGCGACCACUUUAUCUGCGAUUGCUCACACUGACAGCCUUUCUGUCUAAUUGGCUUGCCUGGUUCUCUCGAAUUGAGACCUAUUCUUCACUUGGCACGUAUCGUGUUUCGCCAGCAGCCGUGUCCGACCCAGUGGCAGGAUGCGUGUUGCGACCAUACACUUUGGGAUGCGGUCAAUCUCCCCUUAUCGAUCUGUGGCCGCUUUGGUUGGCUCGACGUCUGCUACUCUUCCCCUUCCAUCUACCUCAAAUGUGUGACCGGGGAAAGUGGCGACACUUCUUUCCCUUUACUGACGUGGACGAAAUAUGA